AAGACUAGCAUUGUUAUUUACAAAUUUUAGGAUAUUUUAUAUGUAUUUAUUUUACUGAACUAAUUUUAAAUUUUAAGCUAAAAAUCGUGUAAAAGUAGCGGCCACGAUGUAUGUGUGUACCAUUUGCGGUUUUAAGAAGUCGGAGCUGGGUAGCAAUCCGGAAUUUGAGUUUCGCCGCAGAGUAAAUGCGAGUGAGGCGACGCAUCUCGAGGGCAUCUCGGAUUGGUGCGAUAAGUGCUCUGCGCUGAGGUUCUUCUUCAAGUCCGACAUGGACACGGAUCCGGCUCAAGAGUUGGAAGAGUUGCAGCCCACCAAGAAGCUGGCAUCUCAUGCAUUGGCCGCAUCAACGAAGCGACAGCAAAACGAUCGCAAAUCGAAAGAGAAUGACGAUUUGACUCGUCGUGUUUUAGAGCGGGAGCUGGAUGUGCUCAAACAGCAGCUUUUGGCCAGCUUGCCAUCGCAGUUGCCACGUGGUUGCAUGUGGGAGCGCCAGUUACGCUCAGCGAGCGUAGAUCGUGCAGCUCGACGACGCCAGAAGGAUAAUCCGCUGCUGAUGCAACGCUCAAAAUCGCUAGUCAACGAGGCGAUGCUGGGAAAAAGGCAAUUUGCAAAGCAGCAAGUUGAACGUCGCGAUAAACAUGUCAACUUGACAUUGCCAGCUGAUAAGAAAGUGAAAGUAGAGCGCAAUGAUUUAGAGGAUUCAUCAGAUAAAAGUGAUUUACACAUUCCUAAAGCUCCUUUACCACCUUCCUUCAACAAGGAUCAGUUGCCCAUGUGGCAAGAAGAGGUGCAGAAACAAGUGAAUCAAUUGAUGGCCAAAAAAAUGAAGACCAAAGCUGAAUCAAGCAAACCCUAUGAUAGCGUUCAGAAAGCUAAAGAAGAGCGCAAUGCUCUAGAGGACUCAUCAGAUAGUAGCGACUUAAAUAUUCCUAAAGCUCCUUUACCACUUUCCUUUAUCAAGGAUCAGUUGCCCACGUGGAAAGAAGAAGUGCAGAAACAAGUCAAUCAAUUGAUGGCCAAAAAAAUGAAGACCAAAGCUGAAACAAGCAAACCCUACGAUGACGUUUCGAAACUCAAAGCAGGGAACAAUGGUCUAGAGGACUCUUCAGAUAAUAGCGAUUUACAUAUUCCUAAAGCUCCUUUACCACCUUCCUUCAACAAGGAUCAGUUGCCAACGUGGCAAGAAGAGGUGCAGAAGCAAGUCAAUCAAUUGAUGGCCAAAAAACUGAAGACCAAAGCUGAAACAAGCAAACCCUAUGAUAGCGUUCAGUCGCCUAUUGAACGCUUGACCAAAGAUGAAAUGAUUUCUAAAAUGCAGGAAUUGCAUGAAGAUGAUCUAAAGUCAAAGCUCAAGGAGAAGCGGCAACAAAUGAGUGAAUGGAGGCGCAUUCGUCGCUAUGUCGAUAGUGAAUACGAUCGCAUUAGGGAGGAGAUAAAUGAUAUGAAACUCCAGGCGGACACAAAACGCAAUCGAAGUGAAAAGCAAACUGACAACGAUCGGAUGAAGGGCGGCGCCAACAUGAAGCAAGAAGCACAGGCCCAGGAAACUAUUGAGUUGCCGCAGAAAACCAUUGGCGAUGCUUUGGAUGAGAAGAUUGCACUGAUGCUGGACACGCUUCAGGAAAAUAAAUUGCAGUUAGAGCUGGAACAAAAGCUGAAGAUAGAGCUGCAAAAAGCGCUGGAUAAGGGGCUGGGAAAAGAGUUGGAGAAUCAGCUGGAGAAAGAGCUUGGGAAACAGCUAGAUAAGGAGUUAAGGAAAGAGCUGGAGGAGAAAGAGAAGAAGAAAGAGGUGGAGAGGGAGCUUUACAAGGAAUUAGGGAAAGAGUUGGAAAAGGAGCUGGAAAGAAACCUGAAAAAUGAAUUGGAGAACGGAAAGGAGCAUAGACAAUCGUCUCUUCCAGCUGAUCAGUUAAAGGAGACCAAGCAGCCAAAGAGAGACAAACACCAUGUGCUGGCGUCCACUGUGCAGCGCGCAUGCUUCCAAGGCUUCGUCCAGGAUCCUCAAGAGCUGCUUAACAGCUUAGACAAAAAGCAGUUGCUAUGUCAUCGCGAGCCGCCUUUGCCACAAUUUCAGACAUUGCCCUGUCCACGCAAGAAACUCCACGAGUUGAUGCUGAUCAAGCGCGACGUAGUGCAGACUCGGAAGCCACAUGAACUGCAGAUUUGCCGUGUGCCCAUCUAUUGUCCCGACUCGAAUUGCCAUCGCAUGUUCUUCAUGUCGGACUUUAACGAGCAUCUAACGCAUGAGCAUCCCACUCUGGCCAUGGAGCGCAUUAAACGCGGCCAGGUGAAGACUUUCUUUAUGAACACUUGUGCCACGGUCUUGGGAAAAUCCACCUGCAACAUGGUCUACUUUAUCAACGAGCAAUUCGACAACAAGAAUACCAAAAAAAUGGUGCCAAUUUUGGUGAUGUCAGGGCGUUUUCGUCUCACCGAUUUCUUUGCCGGCAAUUUUGAACCGGAAGCUCAGCUGCUGCCAUCGCAACACUAUGGACCCGACAAUGAAAUAUUCCUCAUUUGGCUAACAGCUGGGCGCACGGACGAUACACAAAUUAUGGCCACCGUUUCUGUGUGGCCAGCAAGCAAGGAGCCAAUGGUCGAAUAUCUGACGGUCAAUACCAGCGAGGUCUAUGACAUUCGUUGCACACAAAAGCCAAAGAAUCUCUAUGAUAGCAAUCGCACUCUAAUGCUUUCCGGCAAUACAAUUCAUCGUAUGACAAAUGGCGGUAAACAUUUCCUAGCCGUUCAGGUGCUAAUCCAUUGAAGUGGAAUUUCUAUUUUAAGAGCAAAAUUUUAAUUGUGUGCAUUUUAUAAACACGAAUUGGGAAUAAACUAAUGCAAAAA